AUGGCGGGCGCCCUGGAUGCUUUAGCACCCUACGUGAAGAAGCUUAUCGUGGACAUGGCACAAGAAGAGGUGCCCGUGCUGCUUGGCAUCUCCAGCGAGAUCACCAAGCUGGAGGACAGCAUGGAAGGCCUCAAAGCCUUCCUCAAAGUUGCCGAGAGGAGGCGCAUCACCGACACAAGCGUGCAAAGAUGGUCGACAAAGCUCAAGAACGCCAGGAGACAGACGAGCCUUCACUGUGUCUGCAAAGCUGUGACUGUGGAAUAUAAUGGUUCACUUAUACUUCUUUGGAAGCAUGGGACAGCAUGCAGUUCAGUCAACAGAAACUUCCCAUCAGUUGUCGAGCUUGACGUGUCCCUCUGCCCCAAGCCCAAGAGGGCCACUGGCCUCAGCAGAUCGCACAAGAUUAGUAUCCUCCGCUGUCUAAAUCUGCAGGUGCUUCAAGGUGUCCCCACGCUCGACAUAUACAAUCGAUUGUCCCAUGCUCAAAAAGGAUCAAGGUUACAGAAAAUCAAGAUCAUCGGUUGCCCAAAUGAGCAGAUGCUAAAAGGAGUUCCAUCACUAGACAGCAUGAGAUGA